AUGGCUGACGGGUUCGAGUUCUUCGGCGCUGGCGCUGGGUUCGAGGAUAGUGGUGUUUUCCUGCCCGGCGACGCGUUUGUCGAGUCGCUGCUGGGACCUACGCUGGAUGGGGAGGGGUGUGGUGGUUUUGCGGAUGUGCUGCAGAGUGCUGAGGGUGGGGAGGGGGAAGUGUUUUUCGAACAGGCUUUUGAGCGGCAUGAUGGAUCUGGAGGGCUCCUGGCUACGGAACCAUUGCUCCCGCCUCGCGCCGAGCGAGCACCUUCGGAGGCGCCUAGUGAGGGUUCGGACGGCGAGCUUUCCAAUUCGCUGGAUGAUGGUGGAUUUGUUGCGCUUCACGACAGGCAUGUCUCGCCUCCAUCGCCUCUGUCAAUCGCCAAUUACGCCCCUCUCCCUGAGAUCCUCGCCGCGCAGCCCGAGGCGCCUCCUGGUCUCAUGUCCAUAUACGCGCCCAUGACCACGCCUCACUUGCGCACCUCGGCCGAUGCCAAAGCACACCGUCGCCGCGCGCGCCUCGCACCGAAAUCCCAAGCCACCGACAUCGCGCGUGUCAAGGAGUUUGGCCGCGACUACUGGGUGCGCCGCAUCUACAACGCCAUGGUCGAUAUACGCUACAUCACCGAUGGCCCGCAAUCCGUUCACCGCAUGCGCUUCACGCAGGAGCUCGACGGCCAGCCUACGUUCAGCGUGCUCGACCUCGAAGCCACGGCGCAUCACGUCUUCGACGAAGCCAUUGCAGUCCACGAGCGCGGCUGGAACCGCCCGAUCGCGUACCACAAAAAGGUGGUGCGCGGCAAGUUGGUGGAUCGCAGCGAGGCGAAUUUGGAGAUGAGGUUGAGCAGGAUUUGUCUGUGUCUGCUGCAGAAGAAGAGCAGCGUCGAUGAUGCGAUUCGUGGGGGCGUGACGUUGGCGCUGCUUUGCGACAAUCCGGAGGCUAGGAGCUUCACCAAGGCGAGUAAUGAUGUUGGGAACAAGAAGCGUGGUGAGAGGCUCAAGGCGACGAGUAGGAAGGAGAAGACGAGGAAGGGGCUGCAGGCGCAGCAACCAGAGAUUGAAGUCGAGGAGCAGGGAGUUGAGGAUGUUCAGAAGGAGGAGUAG